AUGGGUACCCCUCUCAAGCAAGGAGAUUGGGUCGAGAACAAAGCGGGUUUGUUUGUCAGCCCGGUUUACGGCUUUGGACUCAUGGACGCUGGCAGGAUGGUCAGCCUAGCAAAAAACUGGACGAGAGUACCUCGGCAGGAGAAAUGUGAGAUCAAAGGCACAGAUACGGAUAAGCAUAUCCCAGAUACAGUUUCAAUAACAGUGAGGGACUGUCCGAUAAAAUUCCUGGAACAUGUGCAGAUAAAAGUAGACCUUGAUUUUCUUUACCGGGGCGAUUUACUUCUCCAGUUGACGGCUCCAAGUAAUACAACAUCUCCAUUGACGAGAAGGCGUGCAUUUGAUCACCACGUGAAAUUUCAAAACUUGACGAACUGGGUCAUAACAACUCUUUUUCAAUGGGGAGAAAAUCCUUUUGGGACCUGGAAACUUAGGAUGUCAGGUUUGGACCCAAACUACCGAAGCACAGGCACUCUUCAUAGCUGGUCAUUGUUUUUGUAUGGAACGAGGGACUUUUAUGCGCUCGUGACGAUUCCUGAAACGCGCCCAACCAGACCAACAAGAACAGUUUCUACAACAAAAGAAAAGCUUCCUACUGAUGACGAUAAUGAUGAUCACAGUGCCGGCAAAGUUGGUGAGGCUAAUCUAGCUUUUACUUCUCUCAUAUAG